CAAACUGGAUCACAGAGUCAGAGGACAGCAGCCAACAGCCUCCACCACAACCGCAGGAUUCUCUCCUACAACCCAACCGACUCUUGGCCGCUGUUACAUUUGCAAGUCCAAGAUUCAAGGAGCAUUAAAUAACACGAUUACCAGCAGAUUGCUUCAAAGAGAAGUGUUGGUUCUCUGUGUGAGUCCUAAACUGAGAGCUGUCACUUCUCCUCCGCUACCCAGAAUGCUUUGCGUGCGUGCCUUCCUCCUGGUGUCCCUUUGCGUGGCCGCGCUGUGCAGCCUGCAGGACAGACAGACGGACUUCGGCCUGCGGGUCUUCUCCCAGAUGGCGGACGGGGCUGCGGCCUCCCGGGGGGAGAACCUGGCCUUCUCCCCCUACGGGGUGGCCACCCUCCUGGGCAUGGUCCAGCUGGGAGCGGGGGGAUCCACUCGCAAGGCCCUGCGCUCUGCCAUGGGCUUCUCUCUGCAAGAGCGCGGGCUGAGCCGGCAGCAGCGGCGCCAGCAGCAGAGCCUCUCGGCGGCGGGCGGGCUGGAGGCCAGCAGCGCCGUGAUGGUGGAGCGCCUGCUGGGCCUGGAGGCGGGGUUCCGCCGCGCGCUGCUGAAGGCGUUCCGCACGGCGCCGCACCAGGUGGACUUCAGCCGCACGGAGCAGGCCACGGACGUCAUCAACGCCUGGGUGUCCGACCGCACCGCCGGUAUGAUCCCCCAGUUCCUGGCGCCGGGUGCCCUGACAGACGAGACGCGCCUGGUGCUGCUCAACGCGCUGCACUUCCAGGGGCUGUGGAAGCUUCCCUUUGACCCCAAGCUGACCCAGGAGAGGAUGUUCCACUGCUCCAACGGCAGCAGCGUCCCCGUGGCCAUGAUGAGGCUCACCGCCGCCUUCCGCUACGGUGAGUUUGUGUCGUCGGACGGCCUGGAGUACCUGGUGGUGGAGGUGCCCUACGAGGGCGACGCCCUCAGCAUGUUCCUGGUGCAGCCCUUCGAGGCGGACGUGCCGGCGGGCGCGCUGGUGGCCGAGCUGAGCAGCCAGAGGAUCGGCCAGUGGAGCGCCGAGCUGAGGAGCGUGAAGAGGAGGCUGGCCCUGCCCAGGUUCUCCAUCGACUCUGAGGUGAACCUGAAGGCUGUUCUGACCAACAUGGGCCUGGGAGAAAUGUUCAACCUGGCAACGGCGGACUUCUCUCGCAUCACCACUGAGGAGAGGCUGUCUGUCUCUGCGGUUCUUCAGAGGGUGAAGAUCGAGGUGAACGAGGAGGGAACCAAAGCAGCUGCAGCAUCAGGAGCGAUCAUGUUCUCUCGUAUGGGUGUGGAGGAGAUCGCACUGGACACGCCCUUCCUCUUCCUCAUCCAGCACAAGGCCACAGGUGCUGUUCUGUUCAUGGGCCAGGUGAACCAGCCAGAGCCGUACUAAAGGACCUCCCCCCCCCCCCACCCGCACACACCACCACCACCACCAGCAGCAGCAGCAGCAGCAUGGCCAUGAGACCGAAGCACUGAAACCAACUGGUCACAUCACCGCAACAUUGCUACUGACCCUGACCAUAUCGUCUAUUUUUAUAUUUUGCAAUAAGAUCAACUCCUCUGCUUGUACGAUGUCUAGUUAGAGUGAAUGAUGAGGGGUCUCAGCCCAACACGAACACUACGAAGAGAUUUUAUUUUAAAGAAAUGGAUUGACUUUAUAUUUUAGGUAGUGAGUAUGAAUGCAACGAGGGAUUUAUAUGAAGGAAUAGACACAUAAUUAAACGUUUGCGCUUUAAAUGAGAGUGCAGCUCAGGGUGCACUUAGAUUUAAGUCUUAAUCUGAACAAUCUGCCUACUUUCGCAUCAAUUACUGCUACUCUUGUGUUUAUGUGCAUAUUUUAUUUUACAGUGUCAAUCGCAUGUAUAUUUUUAUGAGUGCUUUUACUAAUACAAAGUGUCAGCUCUAUUUUGAAGUAUUUAUAUAUUUAUUAAACUCCAAACAUUUUUACAAAAGGUG